ACGUGUACGCUCAUUUUGAUCGAGAACGUCGUCGCGAAGUGACAUUGUGUUCCUGCACUCCUCGUGUUGUUAUUGUUUGAAAAACAAAUACAAAAUGUUGCAAGAUUGAAUUCAAUUAAAUUUAAUUCUCUGUCUCAAAAAAAGUUAGUUGUAUUCCAAUAAUUUUAUAAGUAUACAUUCAUAUCUUUUAAAAAUAUAAACACAAUGAAUAACGGAGCCCACAAAUACGUAGAUUGCAUAAAGAAAUUUAGUGAACUAGAUCCAGCUGAUUGUGAAUUAAUUGAGACUGCAAUUUCUGCCAGAAAGUUUGCCUACGUGCCGUAUAGUAAUUUUGCUGUCGGUGCUGCGUUGCGCACAAAAUGUGGAAAAGUCUUUAGUGGUUGCAAUGUGGAAAAUGCUGCUUUUACACCGGGCGCUUGCGCUGAGAGAACAGCCAUUUCAAAGGCAGUAAGUGAAGGAUACAAAGAGUUCGAAUCAUGUGCAGUGGUUGCCUAUCAAAAAGACACUCUGACGCCGCCGUGUGGUGUUUGCCGGCAAUUUUUAAUGGAAUUUGCGGCUGAAGACUUUCCUGUUUAUGUUGCGAGAGCAGAAGAUCCACCAAAUGAGGUUCUAUGCACUUCUGUCUACAAUCUUCUGCCAAAUGGAUUUAGAAAUUUUAAAUGAUUUUGCAGCUAUAUACAAAUAUAAGACAAAAAAAACGAUAUUAUGUUUUUUACCAAUUGGAAUAAGUUCUUAUUAAAACUUAUCUUUUUAUUUUAUUAUGAGA